UUAAGGGAUUUGGGGGACCCAGGCAGCAGAGAAGCCAGCAACCUGGCUCGGCUCAGUCUGCACAGAAGGGCCGAGGCAGACAGAAGGCUUGUCACAGGCUCUGCCACUCAGAUCACCAUGUACAGCUUCAUGGGUGGCGGCCUCUUCUGUGCCUGGGUGGGGACCAUCCUCCUGGUGGUGGCCACCGCGACAGAUCACUGGAUGCAGUACCGGCUGUCCGGGUCCUUCGCCCACCAGGGCCUGUGGCGGUACUGUCUGGGCAACAAGUGCUACCUGCAGACAGAGAGCAUCGCUUACUGGAAUGCCACCCGGGCCUUCAUGAUCCUGUCGUCCCUGUGUGCCACCUCGGGCAUCAUCAUGGGUAUCCUGGCCUUUGCUCAGCAACCCGCCUUCACACGCCUCUCCCGGCCCUUCUCCGCGGGCAUCCUGUUUUUCGCCUCCACCUUUUUUGUCCUGUUGGCCUUGGCCAUUUACACUGGAGUCACCGUCAGCUUCCUCGGUCGCCGCUUCGGGGACUGGCGUUUUUCCUGGUCUUACAUCCUGGGCUGGGUGGCCUUGCUCAUGACCUUCUUCGCAGGGAUUUUCUACAUGUGUGCCUACCGGAUGCACGAAUGUCGGCGCCUGUCCACUCCCCGCUGAGCCCAAUGUACCCCGACUUCAUCUGGAAGUGAAAAUAGGGCCGCUGAAAAAGAGGGGGAGGGUCUAGAGGCUACAAUCCUGGUUCCUUGUGGGCAGGAGGGGGCCCAGUCCUGGACUCUGGGUGGGGGGGGGCCUCUGAUUUCUGCAUCCCAAGGGGGAAGGAGGAAGAGUGGGGCCUGGUGGGAGGCAGUUGAGAAGACCCGAGGUCCAGCCCAUGAUGGGGGGUGUUAGAGAAAUGGAAUCUCCAUUAGAGCGACUUUUUGAGAGUCUAAUAAAACUGAUGUGAAACGA